CAGCUUUUUCGCAGCUAAACCCCUAAAGCCUAAACCCUCACAGCCACCAUAGUUUUGCCUCUCUCUGGAGGCUUCAAUAUUGCCGGGAAACCAACGUUUCUACAAACUCUAAUUCCACAGCACUUAGUUUCUUCUCUCACAACGUUUCUCCCUCUCUAGCUCUGGAUUUAGGAAAAUUUCCCAGAAAACAAAAGAAAACGGCUCCUUUGUCCUUAAAAACUCUGAAUUCCAUUCCUCUUCCAUGCUUAGCAAGUGGAGAAAACCUCUCCAUUUCCCCUUAAAAUCGCAAAUUCUUGCAUCUAUUUCUUCUUUUAUAGUGUUUAAACCCUCCGUAUCCACCGCUGCAAGUCUUGCUGAUGAACCGACCACCUCCUCCAUUGCCCCUGACUCUGGAGACUCUGUUCACGUGAUUCUCUCCGGUCUUAGGUGCUUAGGUUUAAGGAGAUUUGUCAAUGGUUGUUAUUUUAAAAACCUGAUUUCGAUGCUGAAUUGUUCUCAGGUUGAUCAAAUAAUAGAGUAUUUGAGUGUUGAAAAUGCGGAUUCUGUGGUGGGUUUCUUUCAUUUGUUGAGGAAUGAAUUUGGGUUCCGACACUCAAGAUUUUCAAAGUUUGUCGUCUCACAUGUAUUGGCGAGAAAGAGGCGAUUAAAAGAAUUGCGUUUAAUUCUGGACCAAAUGCUGCUAGAGGAAGGCUCUGGGUCAGCUCCUUCACUUUGUGAGCUGCUCUUGAGUGGCUUUAGAAGCUGGGAUUCAAGUAAUGUCGUGUGGGAUAUGUUGGCCUGUGCUUAUUCAAGAUUUGAGAUGGUUCAUGAUGCACUCUUUGUUCUUGUGAAGAUGAAAGACUUGAAUUUGGGAGCUUCAAUACAAACUUACAACAGUCUGUUGUACAAUCUCAGACACACUAAUAUCAUGUGGGAUGUAUAUAAUGAAAUCAAACUUAGUGGAACACCUCAGAGUAAGUACACUAGUUCCAUUGUUGUAGAUGGCCUAUGCAGGCAGUCUAGGUUUCAAGAUGCAGUUUUGUUCUUGCGGCAUAUUGAAGGGAAGGAGUUUGGGCCUUCUGUUGUUUCAUUCAAUACUAUCAUGUCGAGAUCUAGUAAAUUGGGUUUUGUAGAUGUUGCAAAGUCAUUUUUCUGUAUGAUGCUCAAGCGUGGACUUCUUCCCGAUGCAUACAGUUAUAAUAUUCUUAUUCAUGGAUUAUGUGUAGAUGGGUCCAUGGAAGAAGCAUUGGAGUUCACAAAUGAUAUGGAGAAGCAUGGGGUACAGCCUGAUAUAGUAACUUACAACAUUCUUGCCAAAGGGUUUUGUCUCCUUGGUUUUAUGAGUGGGGCCUGGAAGAUUGUUCAAAAUAUGUUAAUUAAGGGGUUGAAUCCAGAUCUUGUUACAUAUACUAUACUGAUAUUUGGGCAUUGUGAGGUAGGCAAUAUUGAGGAAGCAUUAAAGUUGCGUAAAGAGAUGAUUUCACGUGGUUUUCAGUUAAAUAUCAUCUCAUACACAGUGUUGCUUAGCUGCUUGUGUAAAAGUGGGCGGGUUGAUGAAGCAUUGAAAUUAUUUUGUGAAAUGAGAGCUAAUGGCUUGCAACCAGAUCUUAUAUCCUAUUCAAUCCUCAUUCAUGGCCUGUGCAAGCAAGGAGAAGUUCAACAGGCCAUCCAGCUAUAUGGUGAAAUGUGCUUGAGCGGAAUCUUUCCAAAUUCUCUUGCACACAGAGCUAUUCUGAUGGGUCUUUGUGAGAAAGGGAUGAUGUCAAAGGCUAGACUGUAUUUUGAUUCUCUGGUAAAGAGCAACUUGACACUUGAUGUCAUUCUGUAUAAUAUUAUGAUAGAUAGGUAUGCAAAACUUAGUAAUAUUAGGGACGCUGUAAAAUUAUACAAACAAAUGGGAGAGAAAGGCAUAUCUCCUACAAUAGUCACUUUUAAUUCUCUUAUUUAUGGAUUCUGCAAAAACAGAAAGGUAGAUGAGGCUAGAAAGUUGUUGGAUACAAUAAAGCUGUAUGGAUUGGAACCAACUGCAGUAACUUAUACCACUCUUAUGAAUGCAUAUUGUGAGAAGGGUAAUAUGCAGAAUUUGCUUGAGUUGCGAUCACAGAUGGAAGCAAAAGCUAUAGAACCCACUCAUGUCACAUACACUGUAGUAAUCAAAGGACUUUGCAAACGGUGGAGGUUGCAAGAAUCUUGCCAACUACUUGAGGAAAUGCAUGCUAAAGGUCUAACCCCAGAUCAAAUCACAUAUAAUACUAUCAUCCAAGCAUUUUGCAAGGCCAAAGACAUGAUAAAAGCAUUUCAGUUAUUUGAUGAGAUGCUAAUGCAUAACCUUGAGCCUACUUCUGCUACAUGCAAUAUUCUCAUCAAUGGCCUUUGUGUAUAUGGUGAUCUGAAGGAUGCUGACAGUCUACUGGUUUCUCUUCAGGAUCAAAAAAUCAAUCUGAAUAAAUUUGCUUACACUACAAUGAUCAAGGCACAUUGUGCCAAGGGUGAUCCUAAUAGAGCUGCAAUAUACUUCUGUCAAAUGGUGGAAAAGGGGUUUGAAGUUUCUAUUAGAGAUUAUAGUGCUGUGAUUAGCAGAUUAUGCAAGCGAUGUUUAAUGACUGAAGCCAAGUACUUUUUCUGCUUGAUGCUAUCUUAUGGUGUUUCUCCCGAUGAAGAAAUUUGUGAAGUAAUGCUUAAUGCCUUCCACCGAGGUGGCCAUCUCAGUUCAGUGUUUGAACUACUGGCAGAGAUGAUCAAGUUUGGCCUAGUUCGUGAUUAGUCAAUGAAUAAGUAACCAUUCUCUUGCAUCUCACUUAUGGGCAGAGGUAUCUAAUGGCUUACCAUGAAUCUUCAAUGCAUGUUUCCUGAAUGAGAUUCAUUACUCCAUCAAUUGGUCCAAACUGCCAUCUCGAAUGCCACAGAUAAGAAUGGAGAAUUGUAUGGAAUCGAUAGAGAGGAAUCUUGCCUUGGUGGAUUUGAAUCCAGCAGGUCGGGCCAAUUGGGAAUAAAGAAUCUAAAAGCAUAACAGGGAAGAAAAUAAAUAGAGAAAAUCUAAAAUGAAUUCUAGCUUCUUGGCAUAUUUUGUAGGAGAAUGAAUAUAUAUGCAUGAAGAAACAGAUCACAUCAUUUAAAGACAAUGUGGGGAGAAACUCCCUAUGGAACCCUGAAACCACAGGAGUAUUUUGAGAACAUCCAUCGGUUUGACAUUUUGGUUCAUAUAAUAUCAACCUCAAAUACUAUCUCUGGCUACUUUAUCAUGGUACCUUCUGCCACUUUAAGAGUCAACAAUUUCAUGAAGUGCUUGUGUAAUCUUGGAAAGCACAGGAAAGGUAACAAAACCAAGAAAUUUUUCUUCACGGCAAUCUCUUUCUGAGAAUAGAUUGUUAUUGUUACUGCAAUUACAAAUGGCAUAAUGAGAUAAAUGCUAUUACUUCGGUGUUGAACUUUUUAUUUACACAAUUUAUCACUUCCUCUUCGUUUCUCAUUUUCUUGGAAAGAAGUUCUUUUUCCUCCCUUAGUGAAUAAGUAUAUGAUAAAGUGUAGAAGCUUACGUCUUUGUGUGCUUAUGAAUGUACAUAUUCAACUGAUUUGUUUCUUCGGGGUGCCAGAAAGGUGGUACUCAGACAUUCAUUAACUUGGUUUUUGCUGAAUAUACUAAAACGCACGAAGUGGAGACUAGUUUGAUCACUGCUUUCAAUAGCAAUCUCCCUAUGUACUAUUGGAGGUGAACAUAUGGUUUUGUUUUUCUAAAACUUUUCCCUCGCCCAGGGCUCACUGACACAAAAGAUUCUGUUGCGUUCUGAGAGCAAUGGAAAUUAUUAAACAGCAAGGGAUACUCGCGAGCUUCCUUUUAAUAUUAAAAUAAAAUUCGCUUUUCCUCCCACCCAAACCACCGCCACCUCCACCCCUCACUCUGCCCCUCCCUCCAUCUCUUCCCUUUAAUAUGUUUGAAAUUUUUUAAAAUCAAAAUUUAUGCUAUGGUAGCAAUGAGGGAGUUACAGCAUAUCACAUUUGGUUACCAUUGACCUAAAUUUGAAAGGCUGUGUAUAUAAUAAUAUUGGUUAUAAUUGCAAAUUUCAGCCAAGUUUUAGGUUUUUUUU